CUAUCAUCCAACUAGCUAACUGAAAGGAAAAAACUACACAAAAAUGGCGAAUGCUGGGAGCUCAGCAAACGCGACUGCCGGCAGCAGUGCUGGAGACACCAUCACCAACUCUGAGGACCACAGACGCAUCUGGGUGGGAAAUAUAGAUUCCCGCAUCACUGAGUUUCAACUCCUCAAACUAAUGCAAAAAUGCGGCGCCAUCGAAAAGUUUGACAUGCUCUUUCACAAGGGCGGACCGAUGGUGGGCCAGUCCCGAGGCUAUGCCUUUGUCACCUUCGCACAGACUGAGGGCGCUACAAAUGCUUUGCUCAAAUUGGACGGCACCAGUGUAGGCAGUCGCUCCAUUGCUGUGCGACUAGCUAAAAAUAUAAAAUAUGAUGAUCUCCAAAAGCCAAAGCCUCGUAUUGAGAUACCCGCACUGGGUACUGGCAAACGUGAGGAGAAAAUAAGCAAAACAGAAGCCAUACGCGCCAUAGAGGCCAAACUCAAGGUGUUGGAACGCCAGACAGACGAUAAUUUAGAACUCAAUAACAGCGGUCGUGAGCCAAAUGUGCCCUUCAUCCAGCGCUAUCAGUUCAACAAGGAUCGAGACUCAUUGCAACGUCCUGGACAACAUGGCAAAUACAGUAAAAGUAAAUCCUCCGCCCCAUAUCAUCGACAACAGCGUCCCAAAAGACGUUGAGCUACCCUCUCAUCGUAGUCAUACGUACAUUAAAAAAUUACUUUACGUCUAAUUUAUAUAAACAUACAUAUAGUUUAUC